AUGCGGCCCCGGGCUCUCUUGCUGCUGCUUCCCAGUGCAGUCGCCAGCGCAAUCCACAGCGAGGUCUCCCACGAUGGGCACAUAAGCCACCGCAAGGAGGAGAAGAGCUCCGAUGUGGGCAGCUCCGUGAGUUCGGAGCAGCAGGACGGCCAAUAUCCGACCUUCGGCAGCAGCAGCUUUGGCAGCGGCGGCUUCGGCAACAGCUACGGCAUGAACGGCAUGGGUGGAGGCAUGGGCGGCGGAAUGGGCGGUGGAAUGGGCGGCGGAAUGGGCGGCGGCUCCUACGGCAACAGCUUCGGCUCCUACGGCGCUCCAGGGCAACAGGGCUACGGCCAGCCAAUGGUCCGCUCUGGAAAUCCGAUGAUGGCCCGCUCUGGACAGUCCGGCAGCGGUUACGCCCCGACAGAGACUGAGAUGCACAUGCCCCUGGGUGCGAAUGUGGAGCUCCACUCUGACGACGGCGUGCUGUACUCAUCGCGAAGACGCGCGGAGAAGAAGCCAGAGGACUACAACUACGACGACAACACGGUUCUGGGCAUGGCGAACUACAUCUACAAGGGCGAUGCUAGUCUGGCAGCUCUGAGCUACCUGGCGGCUUCUCCGACCACUCCUAGUCCAGAGUGGAAAGAGGUGUUGCCCGAGCACCUUCUUCCGGGAGGCCUAGAUGUCCGCUUCGACCUCGACGGCGGUCGGAACUUUGCCAGGCUCCAACCUGGGCAGUUUGACCGGCCGCCCACCGACUCGGCAGACGAGACAAGUGUAGAGAAGCUGCUGAGCGACGCGGCGACCUGGGGGCGACAGGAUCGGCUCGAAAAGGUCCUCGACAGCUGCUACUACAGGUUGGAAGUCCUGAAUCGGCCUCUAGCUGAAGCGGCAGGACGGGGUCACGUCGACGUCUGCAAGGCACUGCUGGCAGCGCGAGGGGAUCCUUUGAGCAGGGGUGCAAAGGGCGUCACGCCCCUGCAUCGCGACCCGGAAAGACAGAAAAGCUUUUGCCGGUCAUAG